AUCCAAACCACCCACAAUCUGAACCACAUGAGAGGACACAAAGUGAUGUAAAAGUGGAAGAGAAGAAGAAGAAUCUUUCUGCACUUGAAUCCUUGCUGAUCCAUUCCUCCCCAUGGGAACCAUUUUUCCUCCUCACUCUCUCUCUUCCCUCCUCAACAUCAAACCUUCACCCUCAAGAACCCUCUUCCCUCCCUCUCUCCAACCCAAGUCAAAUUCUCUCUUUUGCUGUAAACCCAUUGUUUCCACUCUCAGAAAGAACCAAACUUCAUCUCUCAAGCCAUCAUCCCCUUCAUGCACAACCUGGUUCACUCUUGCUCAACAAGGCCUAGCAGCUUUGGCUAUAUCCUUGGCGCUCAACUUUAGCCCACUUUUGCACAGUGGCAAUGCAAUAGCAUCAGAAUUUGAUGUACUUAGUGAAGGUCCGCCCAAAGAUUCUUAUGUUUUUGACGAUGCAGGUGUGCUUAGUAGAGUGACAAGGUCUGAUUUGAAGCAGUUAUUGUCUGAUUUGGAAUCAAGGAAGAACUUCCACAUCAAUUUUAUUACAGUUAGAAAACUAACGAGCAAAGCUGAUGCGUUUGAGUAUGCUGACCAAGUUUUGGAGCGUUGGUAUCCUUCUGUAGAAGAGGGUGACAACAAGGGUAUUGUGGUUCUUGUCACGAGUCAGAAAGAAGGAGCAAUCACUGGUGGCCCAGCUUUUGUACAAGCUGUGGGAGAAAAUAUCCUUGAUUCCACUGUCACAGAGAACCUUCCAGUACUGGCUACGGAAGAGAAGUAUAAUGAAGCCAUUUUUAGCACUGCUAAACGGCUAGUUGCUGCCAUUGAUGGCCUUCCAGAUCCUGGUGGGCCAAAAUUUCAAGACAACAAACGCGAGUCUAACUUCAAAACCAGGGAAGAGACAGAAGAGAAGCGUGGACAAUUCACUCUUGUUGUUGGAGGUUUGUUGGUCAUUGCAUUUGUUGUUCCUAUGGCACAAUACUAUGCUUAUGUAUCCAAAAAAUAAAAUAAAAAAAAGUAUACAACUAGACCUAGUCUUCCAAAUUCUCUCAGUAUUUAAAUUCAGAUGUAUAAUAUGCAGUUGUAACCAUCCUCAUGUUACAAUUGAGUUUGAGAAAGAUGAAGAAUAAGAUCAGAGUUUUCGCUUGUAAAUGCAAUUCCAUAGUAUUUGAAUUGAUCGAUUUUAAUGUGCCAGUUAUGUCCUCUCUCUGCUGACAUUUUUUUU